AUGGCGUCUGAAUCAGGCUUGCCUCAGAAUCAUCAAAAUACCCAGCCUGGAGAACAGGAGCCUCUGCUGGGCGGCCCAGGCGCUGCUACCCAGAAGGAGGGGGACGCCGUCUAUUACAACCUCAUCACGGGAACUGCCACCGUUGCACAGGCUGGGAUAUGGAUUUUUGCGGCCCUGGUCUGGUCGGGUGUUUUGGCCCAGCAGUGGAUUCUGUUCACUCUUCAUCCGGUAUUCAAUUCGGCCGCUCUUCUUCUCCAGGUCCAAGCCGCCCUCGUCCUACAACCCACUGCUUCACCCCGACAGAAGCUCUUGGGUACACGCUUUCACUACAGCUUCCAGGCCUUUAGUCUCCUCGCCUUCUUGGUCGCUUUCGUCGCCAUCGAAGUUAACAAGGGCGAUCAUCCGCAUUUCGUCUCCGUGCACGGCAGACUCGGUUUGAUCACUUAUCUUCUCAUCUUUAGCCAGGCGCUCAUCGGAGUGGUGCAGUACUUUUUCCCCGUCCAGGUUUUGGGCAGCGUCGACACGGGGAAGAAGAUCUACAAGUACCAUCGCAUUAUUGGAUAUGUGUUGCUUGUGCUGGAGUUGUUUACGGUCGGGUGGGUGAUACAGGACUCUAGCACCGAUUGGUUGCAUAUUUCGCCGUGGGGAAUCCUGGUGUCGAUCAUUCUGGUUCUCGCUGGAGUUGGAGCUCGGAUUAAGAAGCAUAAGCUGGGAUUUUAA